AUGACACUCACUGCUAAAGGCACUCUUGGAAGCAUUGCGGCACUAAAUGUGGAGGCCAACAAUUUUGAAUUGAAACUAGCACUUAUAACCAUGGUCCAUAACUCGAUACAGUUUGGAGGCAUGCCUAACGAAGACCCCAAUCUUCAUCUGACAAAGUCCCUCCGAUUGACGGAUACCAUCAAGUACAAUAGAGUCUCCAACGAUGCUAUUCGACUUCGCAUUUUCCCCUUCUCAAUAUCUGAAAGGGUACAAAUCUUUUUGAGUGGCCUAUCAAUCACUACCAGGACUACAAUUGAUGCCGUAGCAGGAGGGUCCCUCAAAAGAAAAUAUCCAGAUGAUGCAUACAAGAUGAUAGAUGAGAUGACAUCUUCUAGCUUUGUGUGGCACACUGCUGACUCUUAUGACAUCAAGAGAAAAGAGACCGCUCCGAUAAUUUAUGAUAUUAGGAAGUAA